AUGGGUCAGGUCAGCAGCACGCCUGACGAGGGCACUCCCGUCUAUCUUAGAGAUCAGAAUCGAUUAUCCAUCUCCUCACUCGUCAUCUCUAGCCCGCGAAAGCGCACCUCGAUCAACAUUGUUCCCAAUGCAUUCCCAGCUACACGAGCAUCAGUAUCUCGCUCCAUAGGCGAGAACACCCCGAUAGAGUUUGUACAGGAUACCGAAUCCGCCGGACCUGGCUGCCCUCCGACCUUCUUACUCAAGCUCACAAACGACGACGAGCUCAUAUUCACCUUUACCUUCGUCGUACGCCAGACACAUCAAGUGGUUCAGAACGCUGCCGGCGCCCUUGAGACACUCGGUCUAACCGAUACACAAAUCAAUGGUCUUACCUUUGUCUACGGCUCCACUCCCCGCGAGGUUGAGAACCUCCUUACACGCGAGUUCGAGGCCGACCCCAAUCUUCACAAGAACGCAAACGUUGAGCUGGUCGGUGUUUAUGCGACAGACGGCAGCCCCUCGGUAUCGUUCGAGUGGACUUGGAAAUGGAAGCCGCCCAAGCCCACUGAAGACAAGGGCGGGGGCUGGAGGAAUUUCUGCAGCUUCGUCGAGUAUGAUCCUCGUGCGCACAAGCUGCAUACCCUGGCUAGCUUUUCCUUCUUUGUGACGAGCGGCUACUCGGGAUGGCUUAGUCAGCCUAGUUCACCAUCGCCUCCCCUUCUCAGCGUCCCACCAAAAGGCAGAGCGGUCUCUGUACAGUCCUUGGGUCCUGGAAUCGACAGCACAUUGGAGCAGGAUGAAAUCUCCCUGACGUCUCCGAAUUUGCCCAUGAUUGAUCACGGCCCUAGCCUUCUCCCUCCCGGUCUUCAAUCGCCUCAACCGCCGCAAACCGCUAGAGAGCCCAUCAAGGUGGAUGUGCCAUGUCCGCGACCUGGCGAGGAUGUUUCAGUGUCGGACGACGGGCCGGUCUUCCGCGCUACCAUGAAGGCCCUGGAACAAAAGACGGGUAACAUGAGAAUGCAGAUGAAGCGACUUAUUAAGCGGGCUGAGCAAGUAUACGCCGCGCAAACGGAAGCCAACGACGCCUUUUUGCAGUUCAUGGAUGCUUUGAAGGACGUUUCAUCGACAAACGCCAACGCGGUCCAGCCGGCCAUCGAGCAUUACUUCGACAAGAUUGCGCGGGAAAUUUUGAUGUUCGAGCGACAAAACACCCACAACCUCCAGAAGAUCGUAAUCGACCCCAUGAAUAAGCUUUACCAGAUGGAUAUCAAGCAAGCUGAGGCCAAAAAGCGGGACUUUGAGGAGGAGAGCAAGGACUUUUACGCCUACGUCAGUCGUUACUUGGGUCAGCGACACGAUUCUGUCAAGGCGAAACAGAGCGACUCGAAAUACCAGACGAAGCGCAAGAAUUUCGAGCUCAAGCGCUUCGACUAUUCGUCCUUCAUGCAGGAUCUUUCUGGAGGCCGCAAAGAGCAGGAAAUUCUUUCUCAUCUCACAAAGUACGCUGACGCUCAGGCAAAGGCUUUCCUGACCACAGCCAAGAAGGUCGAGGGGCUUCUCCCACAGCUCGAGGCACUAUCAACAGAAGUUCAAGAGGCGGACAAGACGUACCAGUAUCAACGGCGGGAGAGGGAAGAAAAGAGACGGCUGUUAGAGAAGGGCAACCUUGCUUAUGCCGAGCCAGAGCCUCCUUCUACUUCAUCUGGGCCAAGCCCUUCAACUGGCCAAAACGGAACUGCGUCCUACGGAGAGUCCGAUUUGGGUCGCGCUGACAGUACAGGAUCACAGCUUCGGUCGGCCACCACACCAGGGAUAGUACAACCAUCACCGACCGAUCUGUCCAGGUCGCCGGGGAGCCUUAUUGGGCUCCCACCUCCCGUGGGCAGCCCGCAACAAAAUGCCAAAUUUCGGGGUAUUCGGGAUCUGGAAGAAAAAGAUCCUAGCCAGAUGGCGGCGGACAAGAACAUGACACAAAGGAAGGAAGGGCUUUUGUGGGCUCUCAACCGACCAGGGGGACAUGUUGACCCCCGAGCUCUCAACAAGCAAGGCUGGCACAAGUUUUGGAUUGUGCUUGACCAGGGCAAGCUUUCGGAAUACAGUAAUUGGAAGCAGAGACUAGACUUGCAUAUGGAUCCGAUCGAUCUGCGCUUGGCCUCCGUACGAGAGGCUCGGAAUGCAGAGCGUCGAUUCUGCUUUGAAGUUAUCACACCACAGUUCAAACGCGUAUAUCAAGCAACAUCUGAAGAAGAUAUGAAUAGUUGGAUCAUGGCUAUCAACAACGCAUUACAGAGCGCGGUAGAAGGGCGCGGCCUGAAGGAUAUGAAGCCGCCACCAUCAUCUACAGGGCACUCGGAUUUCGACAGGAGAGACAUAGCAUCAGUAUUGACGGGCAAGAGCUCGUCCAUUAACCACCAUCAUCACCAUUUCCAUGGCCACGGCAACCAGAACUUGAGCCCGAUACCCUCUAGGAGGACGACUGUGGGUGCUCGCCCUAGCACAGCUCGUGCACCCAGCUUUGACGAGAGCCCGGAUAGGCUUCUCCAGAUGCUACGGGAUAACGACCAAGGCAACUCGUGGUGUGCAGACUGUGGCUCCAGCAACAAGGUCGAAUGGGUGUCACUCAACCUGGCGAUUAUUGUUUGCAUCGAGUGCAGUGGCAUCCACCGGUCUCUUGGCACACAUAUCAGCAAGGUCCGGUCACUCACUCUGGACACCACGUCGUUUACGCCGGACAUUAUUGAGCUUUUGAUGCUGGUUGGAAAUCGGGUUUCCAACAUGGUAUAUGAGGCACGCCUGGAUCCCCAACAGAAGCUGGUACCACAAGCCUCGCGCGAGCAACGACUUCGGUUCAUUACCGCCAAGUAUGUCGACCGCGCAUUCGUCGAGCCAAUAUCCGCCACCUUGUCACGGUACCCAACGGCUGAAGAAACCCUCCUGGCAGCCAUCAAGAAGAACGAGAUCCAGCAGGUUCUCUACGCCCUAGCUCUCAGGGCCAACCCCAAUAUAACGGACAGGUCUAGGGGUACACACGCCGUAUAUUUGGCACUGGCCGCUGCUGACCCGGCUCCUCCCUCACCUAACCCUAUGACGCCGUCUCCCUCCCCGGGUACUCCUGGAUCCUCCACCGGCGGCCCCGAUAAACAGGUUCCAUUCCCCGUCGCCGAGCUGUUGAUCCAGAACGGGGCCGAGAUCCCCGUCGCACCACCAAUGUUCCCCCUCAGUCACGCCGCCCAAACAUACCUCGAAAUCAAGCGUGGCCGUCGCGCCCUCGUCGAGUCUAUUGGAACCACAGUGGUGACUGGCUACGGCUCUUCGUACGAUGGCAUUAGUGCGCUCCCUUCCGCUUCUGGUGGCGGGUCUUCUAGCGCUGCUAAUCUCAGCGACAGCAGACUGCAAAGGGAGAAGGAAUCGAGACUGCAGAAGCGGGUGAGUGCAGGUGGACGGUUGGCUAAGACGCCCAUUCCGGAGCGGUAG